AUGGGAAUGGAAUCCUACAAUGCUAUAGGAUGCAUUCACUCUCCGCAAGAUUCGCGCCGCCACAUUUUGGACCCGUUUCCGAGUUUUGGGAUGACACCCGUAUCGUGGACUCCUUGUAAAACCAGUGACCCUAACGGAACCACCACCACCACCACCAAGUCAUCUGCAUACCACAAAGAGGACAAAUUUCCAGCUUUUCCUAUUACAACCACUACCACCAUGAGAUUUCCGACUGGUGUUUUCGUCGUCGUACCGGUAUCCUUCUGGCUAGAGGCAACGUACGCCCAGAACGCAACGCGUGCGCCGACGGAUACGAUUCCGGAAGGAGUGACCGUCUGCGAUGCGGACGAGGCCUCGGCGACUUCGACGGUCCCGUUCGCGGCGAUUCGCUCCUUUUGCGUAAACGGGGCACCCUGUCCGUCCAACUCCACUACCGCAUCGGAGGACUUUCUCUCCUACUGUGACUGUCCUUCCGGACUGGCGGGACCGCAUUGCGAGUUUUUCGAAUCGCUUCUCCCGAUUUGUGACUUGGACUGUGCGAACGGUACCUGUGUGCUAGGAAUCGAAUCACUGGCUCAGGUAGAUGAUUGGAUGGCCAGUCCUGCUGGAUUAGAACCUCGCUGCGAAUGCAACAAGGGGUACUCGGGGGAAGCCUGUGAUCAGAAAGGCGUUCCCUGUGGACAAUACGAUUGCUUCAACGGCGCGACCUGUGUAUCCACCGAGCUGGAUGAUGGACGAACGGAGUACUUUUGCGAUUGUACGACUGCUCACGAUGGUAACACGAGCUAUGCGGGACGAUUCUGCGAAUCUCCCAGCACUUCCAGCUGCAAUGAAUUUGCCGAUCACAACGGACGUCAGUUUUGUGUCAACGGUGGAUCCUGUCGAUCGGAUUCAUUCUUGGGUUGUGACUGUCCUGAAGGAUUUAUCGGACCCAUCUGUGAAUUCACCUACAAGGAGAUCGAAUACACGGAGUGCAACUUGGAGUGCGAAAAUUUUGGAAUCUGCCGCAAAGGUGCUAAAGAUCUCAGCCUUGUACAAGCGCAUGGUUUGGGUAACCGUCACCUUUUAGAAGAGAGCUUUUCGGAAGACUUUGAACACUGUGUUUGUCCGCAAGGAUUUGUCGGUCUCCGUUGUGAGUUCAAGAUGGAAGUCUGCCCCGGCUCUAGCCAAGUGUGCUUAAACGGUGCAGAGUGCAUUCCCCACACCGACGACAAUGGUUUUAAAUUCGUAUGCGACUGCGAAUCAGCUCAAAAUCCUUUCGCAAAGUAUGCCGGAGAGUACUGUGAAUAUGAGUCAACCGGCUUUUGCACUAUUGAUGGCGCAAAACCUGGAAGCGGGCCCGGGCACGACGUCUUCUGUGUAAAUGGCGGAGAUUGUGCUGCGUAUGUGAAGCAUGGAGAAGAGUGA